UUUAAAGUUGGAACAUCGUGAACGUACAAUCCUGUGCUCAUCAUGACCGGAAGAGGAAAGGGAGGAAAAGGUCUGGGUAAAGGAGGAGCCAAGCGUCACCGAAAAGUGCUGCGGGAUAACAUCCAGGGCAUUACCAAGCCCGCCAUCCGCCGUUUGGCUCGGCGCGGAGGAGUGAAACGUAUCUCCGGCCUCAUCUACGAGGAAACCCGUGGCGUCCUGAAAGUAUUUCUGGAGAAUGUGAUUCGUGAUGCGGUCACUUACACUGAACACGCCAAGCGUAAGACCGUCACCGCUAUGGAUGUGGUGUAUGCUCUGAAGCGUCAGGGCCGCACUCUGUACGGUUUUGGAGCUGCGAAGAAGUCUGGCAAGGCCCAGAAAAAUAUUUCCAAGUCCGACAAGAAAAAGAAGCGCAAGACCCGCAAGGAAAGCUACGCUAUUUACAUCUACAAAGUGUUGAAGCAAGUCCACCCGGAUACUGGCAUCUCUUCGAAGGCCAUGAGCAUCAUGAACAGUUUCGUCAACGAUAUCUUCGAACGCAUUGCUGCUGAGGCAUCCCGCUUGGCGCACUACAACAAGCGUUCGACGAUCACGUCCCGCGAAAUCCAAACCGCUGUUCGUCUGCUGCUGCCUGGUGAGCUUGCCAAGCACGCCGUCUCCGAAGGAACGAAGGCUGUCACAAAGUACACCAGCUCGAAAACGUACAAUCCUGUGCUCAUCAUGACCGGAAGAGGAAAGGGAGGAAAAGGUCUGGGUAAAGGAGGAGCCAAGCGUCACCGAAAAGUGCUGCGGGAUAACAUCCAGGGCAUUACCAAGCCCGCCAUCCGCCGUUUGGCUCGGCGCGGAGGAGUGAAACGUAUCUCCGGCCUCAUCUACGAGGAAACCCGUGGCGUCCUGAAAGUAUUUCUGGAGAAUGUGAUUCGUGAUGCGGUCACUUACACUGAACACGCCAAGCGUAAGACCGUCACCGCUAUGGAUGUGGUGUAUGCUCUGAAGCGUCAGGGCCGCACUCUGUACGGUUUUGGAGGUUAAAUUUAUCUCUAUAAAACUUCCAUGUGGAGUCUCAAAUCAAACGGUCCUUUUCAGGA